CAUACCAUCCAACUUGAGGGUUCACCACACAAUUAAUAGAUCGUGUUUUAGCUAAACCUCUCCCACAAAAUGAAGGCCAUUCCCACACUCUCUAAUGCUACACUACUCUUCUUCCUCUUCUUCUUCUUCUCUGAAUCUGUAGAGGCUCAGCUAAGCGAGACAUAUUAUGCAACGUCAUGCCCUCGUGUGCUCGAAAUCGUAAGCGAUGGGGUUAAGAAGGCCAUGAAUGCCGAUAUACGAAUGCCCGCUAGUCUCCUUCGUCUUCAUUUCCACGACUGCGCCGUCCACGGAUGCGAUGCCUCGAUUUUGUUGGACAACCAGGUUAAAAAUGGGAAGAAUAUUUUGAGCGAGAAAGCAGCGCUCCCCAACCUCAACUCCGCCAGGGGGUUCGAGGUGGUGGACGCCAUUAAGUCCGACAUCGAGGCCGCUUGUCCCGGGGUUGUCUCUUGUGCAGAUAUUCUCGCACUUAUCUCCGAGGCCUCCGUUACUCAGUCUGGCGGUCCUUCAUGGAAUGUCAUGUUGGGGAGAAAGGACAGCAGAGCCGCGUACAAGAGAGAAGCAGACGGACUCCGAACGGUCUUUAGCAGCUUGAAAAUAAUCGCUGAUAAGUUCGCAGAAAUUGGAUUGGACGCUACCGAUCUUGUGGCAUUGUCGGGCGGGCACACGAUAGGAAGAUCGCAAUGUCGCAUGUUCCUCCCCAGAUUAUACAACUUCAACAACACGGGCAAACCCGACCCGGAGAUGAACCCCGCGUUCUUAGCCAACUUGAGGACAAAUUGUCCAAACGUAACCGCGGCAUCGUCCAAUUUGAACAACCUUGACGCGACAACCGCAGACACUUUCGACAACAACUAUUUCAAAAACUUGAUGAACAAGAAAGGGCUUCUCGCGACCGACCAAGGGCUGCUUUCGUCAUUGGUGCCGGGGACAGCUGAUCUGGUCUCCCAGUUCGCUUCGGACCAAAACUCGUUCUUUAAAGCCUUUGGUAAAGCCAUGAUCAAAAUGGGAAAUUUUGGCGUUUUGGACGAAAGCCAAGGAGAGAUCAGGAAAAACUGCAGGCUAGUUAACUAAUAUACUCCUCACUUACAUGAUAAGUAUUUUGACUUUUUUUAAAUCAAAUUCGUGGAAAUUAAAUUUGGUCAACCAAUUAACUUGAUUGUCAAAUUUGUUUUCUUCAAUUUGACUUAGAAAAAUCAAACUCAGCAUUAUGCAUGCGACUUUACUUUUGUUGUUGGUUUUCCUUCCAGUGAUUUUGUCAUUCAAUAAGUCUUGCAUGAUACGUUGUUUAAUACAGUACUUCGUAUGGUGGUAUGAU